CUCCAGAGCUCUGCCCUACUCGCCUGCCUCUGCGGCGUCUUGGCCCACUGAACAGCCAUGAGAAGGCAACUCCGCUCCAGAAGGGCUCCGGCCUUUCCUUAUGGUUAUCGCUACAGACUUGAUGAUCAGGAUGAAGUAAAUCAGAACUACUUAGCAGAUGAGGAGGAGGACGCAGAAGAAGAGGCUCAGGUGAUGAUGGUGCCUGGUCUGGAGGAAGAGGAAGAAGAGGAGGAAGGAAAAGAAGAGGAGGAGGAAAGGGAGGAAGAAGGUCAGGGUCAGCCUACAGGCAAUGCCUGGUGGCAGAAAUUGCAGCUCGUGACUGAAUAUCUGUGGGACCCAGAGAAAAGGAUGUCUCUGGCCCGAACAGGUCUGAUUUUAGUCAUUUACUUCUUCUUCUAUGCCUCGCUGGCAGCUGUGAUCACCUUAUUCCUGUACAUGCUGUUCCUAGCCAUCAGUCCCUACAUGCCAACCUUCACUGAGCAGGUGAAACCUCCUGGAGUUAUGAUCAGACCCUUCGCUCAUAGCCUUAACUUCAACUUCAACGUUUCUGAACCUGAAACUUGGCAGCGUUAUGUGAUUAGCCUAAAUGGCUUUCUUCAGGGCUAUAAUGACAGUCUUCAAGAGGAAAUGAAUGUAGAUUGUCCUCCGGGACAGUACUUCAUCCAAGAUGGAGAUGAAGAUGAGGACAAGAAGGCCUGCCAAUUUAAACGCUCCUUCCUGAAGAAUUGCUCUGGACUGGAGGACCCUACUUUUGGAUACUCUACUGGACAGCCUUGCAUCCUCCUCAAGAUGAACCGGAUUGUAGGUUUUCGUCCUGAGCUUGGAGAUCCUGUGAAGGUGUCCUGCAAAGUUCAGAAAGGUGAUGAAAACGACAUUCGAUCCAUCAAUUACUACCCAGAGUCGGCUUCUUUUGACCUCCGCUACUACCCUUACUAUGGCAAACUGACUCAUGUUAACUACACCUCCCCUCUGGUGGCAAUGCAUUUUACAGAUGUGGUGAAGAACCAGGCGGUGCCUGUCCAGUGCCAGCUGAAGGGCAAAGGCAUCGUAAAUGAUGUCAUCAACGAUCGCUUUGUGGGGAGGAUUAUCUUUACCCUGAACAUAAAAACCUAGGGACUCUGGGGGGCCACUCCCAGCAGUUCUGAUUCUGUUUUGUGUUAGCCCUGGUAGCCCCUCGAUUCCUUUUUCUUCAGUUAAGACACAGCCAGAUGGACGCCUAAGACAGCAGAUCAUCUUUCCUUGCCUUUGACGUGUGUAUGAAGUGAUAUUAUGGGACCUGCUUGGCUUUUUCUUGAAGGUCAUCUCUCCCGAUGACAAAUAGACUAUAUUAAUUUCCUCUCCUUCCCUCAAAUUCAAACCUAUUCUUGCUGCUAGAAGUCUCACUAUAUACACAAACAGUAUCUGAUAGCCUUCACCAUUGUCAGGACACUAUCUAUCAUGUUUUCUAAAAAUGUGUUGGUUUUAGAGGUGAUAUUAUUCCCAGCCAGGUGGAUAUUCUAAACCCUGCCCCCCCACCUCACCUUCAAAACUGCCUUCUAAGGUCUUUCCUCAGAAACCAACACCAGACAAACCCAGACUAUACUAUACCUAAAACCACUCUCCCUACAGAACUUUAUAUGGGGGCGGGGGAGGGGAGGGGGCUUGAAAAUUUGGCUGUCUCCCAUAGGCGACUCAAUACUGACUCAAGACUCCAUUAUUUCCUGCCAGGACAGCAGGCGAUGCUGACAGGUUAUUGAUCUGGGCUAGAGAUGAAGAGCUUCUGUGAGACUUUUUUGGAGGGAAAAGAGGAGAACUGUUAGAGUAGGGGCAUGCUGCUUGUUGAUUGCAAAAAUUCUUGCAAACAAGUUUUUCUCAACUCCUAGCAGAAGAGAAAACAUGAACAACCUUCUUUGGUCAAAUCUUCUUAGGCAAUUUGCUUGAUAGUUGUGUGGUUUUUCAUUGAGAUCAGCAGGGAUGGGUGCCUUGACUCCCCAGCUACAACCUUGGGGAUUGAAAUUAGGGUUCUCCAACCAACAUAUGGCAAGAGAGAAAGCUCCUUCCAGGCCUCCCUGAAGCUAAUGCUCGUUAGCCAGUUUUGCAUUUACUUUAAAAAUCACAUGAGGCAGAUGUUUAUCCAGGUUGUGGAUCAGCCAAGUUGCUUUGUUUUUUCUUUGGCCAUGUGACCAUUCCAAUUGCUUCUUAAUGCCUCCACCAGGGGGAGGGCUGGAACAAAAAGAGGAGGCAAGCAUUACAGAAUAGCAGAGUGUCUCAGGGUCCAAAGCAAACUAAAAUUCUACUUGAAGCCUGCAGAGUCUGAAUCUACACUACAAUGUUUAGUUUCUCCAAAAACGGGGAGCUGGAAGACUGAUGGGGGAAGACAAGUGGUAUUAUAUGGGAAUGCUAUGGGGAACGUGAGGGCCAAGCUCUCUCCGACUGAGAAAGUAACAGAGGAAAUUACACAUUCAGAGCCAUAAGUUUGAAGAAAUCUCAUGCUUUGGCAUUUCUGAAUAGUUCACAUGAGAGCUCAGAGGAAAGGCUGGGAGAGUGAAUUGUAUGAGUAUUCAGGGAUGCUGAGUGACAGAGAGUCUUUAAAGUGUUUCAAUCAGGGAAUCUCUGGGAGCACAUUUGCAUUUUAUCAAGAGCCCUUGGGCAGUAAUAACAUAAGGGGUGAAUUAAAGACAGGGAAGACAAGACCAAGACAGGAAUUGGGGGAAGGGUUUUGAGCUUGACAUAGUGUUAUUGUUACUCAUGACUGGAUAUAAAAGAGAAAGAUUGGAGAGGAAGUUGUUGAGAUCACUUUGGAUCAGAUUUAGCUUGUGGUUUCCUCUAGUCAGACACUGAUGUGGAGAUAUAAACACGUGUAGAGUAGAAGAGAAGGAAAGCUGAGAAGAAAAGCAACAUUUGGUUAAGCGAACUCAUUUAGGAAGUAUUUAAUCUUGGGAACUUGAGCCAGUUGAGCUUGGGAACUAGAAGACACUGAUCUAGCUCCUAACAUGGUGCUUUUCUCUGGGUUUCGUGGAAGAAUGGACUGCUACUGCUCUUGGGGAUGUCCCUUCCAGACCCCGUCUAAAUGUUCUCCAUGGACUAGAGAGGGGCUGACCACAUUUAACAAGAAACUGAAGGUGAGCAGGACAGCAGGGCUACAUAACACACAGACACAAAGAAACUGACUCCUCCAGACCUACUUACUCAACAAGUUCAAGUUUCCUAGACAACAACUUGAGACCAUUUCAAAGUGACCUCUAUCAAAUUCUCAAGAUUUAAUAACAAAAGAGUACACACCAUCAGAUCUGGAAAGGCUCUUUAAGGAAAGCAACCUGCAUUGCAUCUGACUCCAGGUCCAGUGCUCUUUCCACUCAGAGCCACUGCUUACCAGGAAGUACCAUCUUUUGAAAAAUCAUAUCCCAAACAUUCUGAAAUAUGUCAAACUUGAGUUAAGAUAGUUAACAUUUCACAGGAAUCCAACUACUGGUGCUAUAUUUUAUACAUAAUACAUGGUCCUGUAGAAUAUGUUUAACUAUUAGAUAAGAAAUUAGAAAUGAUUUUGUCAUGUGUGUUUCUCAUUCAGUGGCAGAUAUCAUGUCCACAGUUUCAAAGAAAUAUUGAAAAGUACUUAGACAGUUUGGGCUGUCAGCUGGAACAUGAAAAAAUAGCUUUCUUAUACAAAACUGGAUAUUAUACAGAACUGGAUUAAUGAGUGUAUUCAUUCAUGUGAGAGUCUAACUGUUCAAUAAACUUCUAGUUGAUUAAUUUAACCAGGCUCCCAUACUGUGCUGUACUAGGGUUUGAUUUGUAUACCAUCUGUUGCAAUGCACUUGGUUUUACUUGAUUGUCAAUGAGAAAUAGUACUUCCACAUGGCUUCAUGGUUUUGUUCUUGCUAUACUUUGUGUAUAAUUUUUCACUUUCCACUCCUCUAAAAUGAUUAUUCUACAGUAAUCUUUCUUAGGCAUCCAUUUACUCGGGGUCUUCAUGUAGAAAAUAUUCAUAUUGUUUUUGGGAAUUGGUGACAACAAUAAAUGAAAUUA